AUGUCCUAUCCACCCCCUCCAGGUCUCAAACAGACGCCCUCUUUACUCCCUCCUCGCCCACCUCCGUCUACCAACUCUGCCCAGCCUGCCGGUCAUGGCGGCAAUGCGCGACAGUCCGGCUACAACGCCUUCACGGCAUUCGCGCCGCGCUCCGUAGCGUCAAGUCAGCCGCGCACAAGCAGUCCAGCGGUCUCUGCGCCACCGGUCUAUUCCGCCGGGUAUGCGACCCCUGCGACCGGCUACGGAAAUCAUCAACCUCCUCAAACCUACCAAAGUGGGCCAUCCUACUAUGGAGCCCAAUACAGUGAACAUACCCCCGGUCCGACCAUUCCACACAUCCAAAACCCCUUUGGCUCAACACCUAGUGCAGGGCGAGGACAUAACGCGCUAGACCCAGAGACCGAGGCCCAAAUUGCUCAGUGGCAAAGCGCCUAUGCCAACCCGAACGAAGAUGCGGGCAAAAGGGCCAGCAACACCGGUACAAACACGGGCGUCGGGACACCAACCGCUGCCAGCACCCCUCAACCUCACAAUGAACCACAGAAGACCGUCCACCGAGCCGGCGGUGGUCAAGCGUGGAACGACUCUACGCUUCUAGAAUGGGACCCGGCCCAUUUCCGACUUUUCGUGGGCAAUCUUGCGGGCGAAGUGACUGACGACUCGCUACUGAAAGCGUUCGCGCGCUACACCUCCGUACAAAAGGCUCGCGUCAUCCGCGAGAAGCGUACACAGAAGAGCAAGGGAUACGGGUUUGUCAGUUUUAGCGACGGCGAUGAUUACUUUGCCGCCGCGCGAGAAAUGCAAGGCAAGUACAUCGGUUCCCACCCGAUUUUACUGCGGAGAGCUACCACCGAGGUAAAACCGGCGUCGAACAACAAGAACCAAAAGAAGAACGGGGGUAGUGGUCGAGGUCAGUCCGGAGGCAAAGUCAAGCAGGAUGGCGUGAAGAAGUCUGGUAAGACCAAGGGAGGCCUCAAGAUUCUAGGUUAA